AACCACCAUGUUCUCAGAACUCGGAGAGAGGCUCUACAAGGAAAUGAAAGAAUUGGCUCCACAGACAAUGAAGGCCAAGGCCAUUGAGUCCCCAAACAGGAAAUACGAAGUAUGGAGAGGAGGAUCAACUCUCGCGAAGCUAUCCUCAUUAACUGGUAUGUGGAUAACUAUUAAUUCUAAGCUGAGUUCCUAAAAAAUAUGCAUCGCUAGACCUUGCCCCAAUUUCUUAAUAAUAAUAUUUAAUUUGCCUUCCUCAAUUUAU